AUGGACAUCGUUAAGACCGCUCAGUUUACUAACGGCUUUCAGGUUAACAAGGUUCCAUACGCACGGCUGGAUGUUCUCGGCCGCGGUGGUUCCUCCAAGGUUUACCGUGUUUUGACCUCGGAUAGCAAGAUAUAUGCUCUCAAGAAAGUCACCCUUGGCGGCGCUGAUGACGAGACGCUCAACAGUUAUCAAAAUGAGAUUGCGCUGCUCAACCGACUGAACGGCAACGAUCGUAUCAUUCGCUUGAUCGACUCCGAAUCGAGCCGCAAGAAAGGCACUCUAGUCAUGGUUCUCGAGUGCGGAGAGGUUGAUAUGGCGAAAUUGCUUGAGGAGCGACGAGGUCAUCGGCUUCAGUUCCAAUGGGUUGAGACAUACUGGCAACAGAUGUUGGAAGCCGUUCAGGUUAUACAUGAAGCUGCGAUCGUGCACUCAGAUCUCAAGCCCGCCAACUUUGUUCUUGUGCGGGGGUCGCUGAAGCUGAUUGAUUUUGGUAUAGCCAAGGCUAUCCCUAACGAUACCACCAACAUCCAGCGCGAUGCUCAGAUUGGUACCGUCAACUACAUGAGUCCAGAGGCGAUCGAGGAUACCAACUUACAUAGCGGCGAAGGGAAGCGAUGCAUGAAGCUUGGCCGUCCAAGUGAUGUGUGGUCACUGGGCUGUAUCCUCUAUCAAAUGAUCUACGGUGCCCCGCCUUUCCAUCAUCUCUCAACUUUUCAAAAGAUGCGCGCCAUCCCGGAUCCCAACCACACAAUUGAUUUCCCGCCUGCUGCCGUGCCCAUGAGCUGUUUGCAGCGGACCCCCAAAGCGCGCAAAACCAUCCCCGAGAUUCUCGCAUCGCCGUGGUUGACAAAAUGGCAACGAUCGUCCUCACCGUCUGCUCAGGCCCCCAUGGCACCAAGUAGGGGACUCGUAUUGCGACCAAACGAGUUCGUUAUGACUGUUGCCCAUUUGGAAGAGGUACUUAAGCAAUCAUGUCGCUUCGGUUCCGAACAUGGAAUGUGCUCCGAAGACACUAUCAAACAAUGGCGAACUGUGAGCGUAUGA